GUCACUAUCUUUUCCUACUUCUCCCUCCUUGGGAUAAAAAUUUAUAAAGUGUUUUUCUUUUCCUUUGCAGGUUUUCACAAUAGUGACAGUACAUGGUCACACAGUCAUACCUUUGUGCUGGUGUUUGAUGCAAAACAAAAGUCAGGAUGCUUAUGAGUCAGUUCUGACACUGAUAAGAACUCACCUCCAGCAUUGGAUCUUUACCAAAGUUGUAUGCGACUUUGAAGACGCCAUGAUAAAUGCCUUCAGAAUUGUCUUUGGUGUUGAUACUCAAGGAUGCUAUUUUCACGCUGUAGAUGCAAUGGUACUAAAUGGAAAAAGAAUCAUUGGACUUGAAUUCAUCCAAUAUUAUCAGGAAGUAGAGAUUGUAUUGAGGGUCUGUUGUACACUGCCUCUCCUCCCUGCACAACUGUUGCAGAGGGGUCUUAAUGCUAUUGGUGUCGCAGCUAUGAACCUUGGUGAAUACUUAUAUGAGAUUGUCCGACCUUUCCUUGCCUACGUCCAGGAAAGUUGGAUGGAUCACCCAAAUAGAGGGCGAGUUUUGUCAGUCUGUGGAAGUGAUCAUCGUACCAACAAUGCUAAUGAAAGCAACAAUCGCAGAAUGCGUAGAAAAUUUGGUGUUCAUCAUCCCAACGUCUACCACUUUCUAGGGACAGUUUGCUUGUUUGAGGCUGAGACAAUAGACGACUUGGCCAGCCUUCGUAUAGGGCUUAUCCCGACCAGACACAGGAGUGUGUCUGCUCUGUGUAAUGAUAUACUUAUCAGGAGAAUUACUACUGACCUACUCAGAGAUCCAGAUCCCUCAGAUCAAACACUAGUGAACUUUUUACUUGCUGCAUCUAUUUCCAUUCAACGUCUUCUGACGGAGGCACUCCAGUAAAGAAGAUUCAUGGCAGAACAGUUCAGUGUUAACAUCAAAGAUAAGAAAAAAACAUUCUGCUGAUUCCUUGUGUUAUAUUAUUAGUGUUCUAUUCAACUUGCCGUUCAGAAUUUUUUGUUUGUGGCCUCUGAGAAGAUAAGGCAUUUAAUUUAGUGUACCUUUCCUUUUCCUUGCUGGCAAUAAAGUUCUGUUUUGCUUAGUCUUUC